AUGGCAGGUUCGGAGCGGUUGAGAGCGUUGCUGCGGAUCAACAACUUCAGAGACGAGCUGCGCGCCCUCAGGCACCACUUUCUGGGCACCAGAGAGCUCAGGGUGGUGACAGCGACAUGGAACGUGGCGGGCAUAUCGGACCCGCCUGCCCACCUGGACCUCACGGACUGGCUCUCCCUGCAGCAACCCGCCGACAUCAUCGCCAUCGGCUUCCAGGAGAUAGUCCCGCUGAGCACGGGCAGUGUGUUGGGGAUGGACUCAGAGGAAGCGGUGGGGCAAUGGGAGGCCCUCGUGCGCCGCCAGCUCAACACCGCCGCUGCUAAGGCGGCCAAGAAGGCUGCUGCUAAGGCUGCUUCCAGAGAGUCUUGCAAGGCUGAUGAACCCGUCGAGGGGAAGGUCGAUGGGGCAGAGCAGGCAGUGGCAGACGGAGGCAGCAGGGCUGGAGCUGGUGAUGAUGAGACCAGCAGCAUGACCAGCAGCAGCAGCCUUUCGUUUCACACCAGCAGCUUCCGCCUUCCCUCUGCUUCUGACGCCUCCAAAGGGUCACUUGAUGAGAGUGCUGCUGCUGCUGUGGCUACAGAGUCACAUGUCGGUGCUGCUGCUGCUGCCUCCAUGAGUCCAGCUGAUUCUAGCGCUGCUGCUCCUGCUACAGCUGAGUGGGAGGGGGAUGCUCUGCAGCAGGGGGAACAUGCAGAUAAGGCACCCCUGGAUAAGAUCCUGCCUGAAGAUUUGAUCAGUGUGCCGCUCACUCCUGCUGAGCCCAUCUUUGCAGAUGGAGGUGGAUAUGGUGGGGAGGGGGGUGGCGUUGGGGGGGAGGAGAGGGGGGAUGUGCGAGAGAGUGAGGGGGGGAUGGUAGGGGGGAAGUCUGGGGAAGGGGAAGGCGCAGGAGUGGAUGGGGCGACGGGAGGGGAAGAGGAGGGAAGGGGAGGGGAGAUGGAGGAGGAGUGGGAGGGAGGGGAGGUGGAGGAGGCUUAUGUGAAAGUGGCAGGGCGGCAGAUGGUGGGGGUCUAUCUGAUGGUGUGGGCGCGCAAGGGACUGAGGAGGCACAUUCAUAGCGUCAAGGCCAGCACUGUGGGCUGUGGGCUCAUGGGCAUUCUUGGCAACAAGGGCUCUGUUGCAAUAAGCAUGUCGGUGCACGAAACCUCAUUCACCUUCAUCUGCGCCCAUCUCAACGCGGGGGAGGAGCGUGCCGACGCUGCCCGCCGCACAUUUGACUUCCUCGAGAUUCUUCGCCGCACCACCUUCCCCAGAGAGCUGCCGGACCCAUGGACAGCCAGGCUGGCAGAGACCAUCACGGAACACGAUCGUGUAUUCUUCUUUGGAGAUCUCAACUACCGCCUCGAGCUGCCGGAUUUGGAGGCGCGUGCACUGCUGGCCAAGCGCGACUGGGAGGCGCUGCUGCAGCACGACCAGCUGCGGUGGGAACUGUCAGAGGGAGGCGCACUCCCAGGGUGGCGAGAGGGUCCGAUCUUCUUUGCCCCGACCUACAAGUAUGCAGCGGGCAGCAACCGGUACGUGGGGGAGGACGAGGAGGACGGGGAGAAGCGCCGAACCCCCGCCUGGUGUGACCGGGUCCUCUGGUACGACUCGGGGGACGCCACUGACAGCCUCCCCCCCACCAGCAUCAGCAGCCCCAGCCCCAGCACCACCACCACCACCACCACCGGGAUCGCCAGCAGUGGCAGCAUGAGCAGCAUGGGGGGGUAUGCGAGUGAUGCCUUGCAACUGGUGUCGUACUCGCGGGCGGAGUUGGCGUUGUCGGACCAUCGGCCGGUGGCGGCGGUGUUUGCAGUGCAGGUGGAGGCGGUGGAGAGAGAGAGGUUUGAUGCUGCCGUGGCUGUGGCGUGCCGGCAGCUGGACGAGCGGCAGCAGCUCGCCAUUCCGCAUUUCUCUCUCAGCGCUCAUGCCGUGGAAUUCGGAGAGGUGCCCUAUGCCUCUGCAAUCCGGCGAACCAUAGAGCUGCACAAUCUCGGCACGGUGCCCGCGCGCUUCUCCGUGGCCCCGGCAGGCAGCACAGACACCGCUGCCCCCGGCCCUGCAGGGGGGUGCGGGGCAUGGGUGGUGGCAGAACCAGCAGCAGGGGCAGUGGCGCCAGGCCACACAGUGACUCUCAGCCUGCACACCUGGGUGGCUGUGCCGGGCACGCGGGUGGAUUUGUUGGUGGAUCGCGGGGGGCUGCUGGAUUUGAUUUUGGUGGUCGCGAUUGCGGGCGGCGGGGACCUGUUUGUGGCGUGCUCUGGGAGCUACGUGCCGUCCUGCUGGGGCCUGCGCCUGGAGGCCCUAGCAGGUCUCAAGGACCCCAUCCGCUCGCUCUCUCUCGACGCCAUCGCCACACACCAGCGAUCCUCCCUCCGCCACAGCCGACCUACAGCUGCUGGCAGCAUCCCAGAAGCCUCCGAAACUGACAACGCCGAUGACGACGAUAACUCCGCUUCUGCAGGCGGGGAGGACGAUCGGCCAUUAGGAGCAGCGGCACGGGCAGCAGCAGGAAACCCAUCCCAUGCAUCAGACGCGUUUGAGGUGCCCAAGGAGGUGGCUCGAAUGCUCACCUUCCUUCUGGACUCUGGCCAGGACAUCUCCUCCGCCUUUGACCCCAUCGCUCUCGGCAUCGACCUCUCUCUUGACCAGGACGACAGCACCCGUGCGCCCCCCUUCCCCUCCUCGCACUCCACCCCGCACGGGCACCCUCACUCGCUCUCGCACGCUCGCAGCGCGAGUCUCUCGUCCGAUGUGCUUCGGGGCGGGGUGGCAGGGCUCUCUACCGCUGCUGCUCUGGCUGUAGCUGCUGCUGCUGGCGCUGUGGGUGCCGCAGCAGGGGCAGUGGGCGCUGCUGCAGCAGACCUCGCAGCAGGAGGAGCCACGGCAGCAGGAGGAGGCGGAGCAGGAGGAGCAGGGGCAGGAGGAGCAGGAGGAGCAGGGGCAGGGGAAGGGGACGGGCCAGGGUCGACUCAGUUCCUAGCGGCCAAGGCAGCAGCACUGGGUGCAGUAGCUCAGGAGCUGCAGAUUGCACCCAUCCGUCUCGCACUCGACACCGGCACACCCUUCCCCACCGAAACCUCCCCGCUUACCAUGGCUCGUGCGCUCGUCUCGUUCCUCUUGGCCCUUCCUGAGCCUAUUAUUCCCCCGAGUGUGGGGGAGGAGGUGGCGUGUAGGGAGGGGUGGGCAAGGGGUGCUGCGGCUACGCUGCUGGCGGAGCGGUUGGGUGCGGUGCAGCUGGGUGUGGUGGACUCGUUGCUGGCUCUCAUCCAGGCGCUGCUGCGGAACCGCAUUGCGAAUCGACUCGCGAUUCAUGAGCUGGCUGACUAUCCCGCGCUAAUGUCAGCAAACCGGUCCCAAUCGCCGCCACUCCCCAGAUCCGCGCAGCAGUCCCCCUCUCCCCCCCGCGCGCGCGCCUCCGGUGGCGGCUCCGCCAGCCUGCUGCUGGCUGGCGCGGCACAGAGAGAGUUUCCCCCCUUUCCUCCUCUCUCCCCCAUGUCCUCCUCUCUACCUCCUGCCCUCCUCUCUUUCCCCUCCCCCCCCUCUCAUCCCGCCCUCCCCUCUAUCAUAUCGCCCUCCCAUCUCUCAUCCCUUCCUCCCAUCUCUCAUCCCAUCCUCCCUUCUCUCAUCAUUUCCUCCCCUCUCUCAUCCCUUCCUCUCCUCUCUCAUCCUGUCCCCCCCCAUCCUUCUCUAUCCCCCCUGUUCUCCUCUCUCCCCCCAUCCUCUUCUCUCCCCCUUUGUCCUCCGCUGUCCCCCUGUCCUCCUCUCUCCCCCGAGCCCUCCCUUCUUCCUUCUCUUUCCCUCAUGUCCCCCCUCCUUUCCCUUACAUCCCCUCUCCUACCCCUCAUUCCCUUCCCUUGUCCCCCCGUUUCUCCCUUUUCUUCCCCAUUGCGCUCAGUUUCCCCCCUUGCGUGCCGUCAUUUUCGCCGCCUCGCCCCUGUCCUUCAAUCUCCCCCCAGCUCAAACCCAUGCACUCAGAUUCCCCUCCUGUUUGCACUCAUUUCACCCCUCCUCCCCCCCCCCUGCUUCCCCUCAUUUCCCCCCCUGCUUCCCCUCAUUUCCCCCCCUGCUUCCCCUCAUUUCCCCCCCUGCUUCCCCUCAUUCCCCCCCUGCUUCCCCUCAUUUCCCCCCCUGCUUCCCCUCAUUUCCCUCCAGGUCGCACUUCCCCUCCCCCCAGGUCGCACCUUCCCGUUCCCCCUCACAGAGCACCUUCUCACUCCCUCACAAUGCACUACUCCUCCCUUCCGUACGCUUCCAUUCCCCUCCAAUCCCUUCCCUUAUCUUUCCCCUUACCUCUAUUCCUUUCCCUUCGAUUCCCUUCCCUUCCCUUCCCUUCCCUUCCCUUCCCUUCCCAUCCAUUCGCGUCUCUUCACCUCCCUGCCUCCCUUAUUUAUCUCCCUGCCUUCCCAUCUCUCCUCCCUGCAUCACCAAGUGAGUGUGCUACCUCCACUGGUGUCCUGCUAUGUGUAG